GCAUCAUUCAGUUACGCCUUUCUUCUGUCCUUGGAAGUAUUUGUGCCCGUAAAACGUCGCGUCCCUUCUUCGUUUCUCUUCCUAACUCACAUCGAGCAAUCGUGUUGGCGCCCAGAGAUGGCUACUGGAGGCGGGGACCAAGUCUGGACGUGGCGGAAGAAACCACUCCCUCCAAGUAAAGCCAUACUCAGGAAGGCUUUUGAGAACACCAGUGACUUCAGUCUCCUCUGUGACCAUCUCUCCAUCCCUCUUGAUAAGAGGGAUGUUGACAGUGCAAUAGAGUACUAUAUGCAGAGUACACAUCCAAUGAGGGAUGUUCUAGAUGAAAGGCCGACACUUCCAAAGCUCCUCCGUUUCCCCCACACACUCGGGAGAACGCAUCAACAUCAUCAAAAAAGUCAGAGUGAACUACGAGAAGUUGGGGACUCUGUUACUGGAGGACAACGAUGGGUCCAUCAUGCCAACGAUCGAGUCUCAAUGUCAACUGGAUGCCGAUAGCAUCACCAUGGAGAUAAUGAGGCGCUGGCUGAGGGGGAAAGGGAAGAAGCCGGUGACCUGGAGAACUCUGACGGACUCUCUCAAGCCCAUUGGUCUCUCUCCCCUGGCCUCCUCCAUUGAACAAUCUCUCACCAGUAGUUCACGAUGAACUCCUUGUAAAUACCUCCUUCCUUCCUCCACUCGUCAGUCUCUCUCUCUCCCUCUCAUGUUUUGUCACCUUUCUUUUCAUUUCUGUAAGGGUGCACAGCAGCGAUGACAUAAUGUUUCUAAAACCUCUCUUCUACUUAUCUCUCUGGUAUAAGUUCCUUUACAUAUCACCACUUG